ACGUUUCCCUAGCUCUUCUUCACAAAAAAUAAAAACUGCAAAACAAACAACAAACAACAAGAAAACUAACAAAUUCAAAUAUUUGCUUUAAUCUUUGUUCGCAUUUUCGUUGUCGCUGCCGCAGAUGCGUUUGCAUUUAAUUUCCGCCUGGCGAAUUUGGCCGAAAAACUAAAUGUCGCAGUGCAAAUGAGAAUGCUGGCUGGGCAGCAGCAGGAGGUUCGCCGUAGAUUGUCAAGCCAAGCCGGACAGCCGGAAAAUUAUUCCGGGACUGGUGGCAGCCCACACGGCGUAUGCGUAACGAGAGAACGAAACAGAAAGUGAUGCGUAAUUUGCGGGCCCAACACAUAAAAAUCCAAAUGAAAAGUAACGAAACCGAAAUCGAAUUCAGUGCAAGGAGCAACAACAAAAUAUAACCCACAAUCACUUAGCAGCUCUAUAAUAAUUAAGAAUCACAAAAAAGAAACAAAAUGAAAAAUAUUUGUAAUUAGUUUAAAAGCAAUGUAGGGAGAAAACCAAUGCGAGUGCAGAACGAGAGUACAAAACACAGCAAACGGCAGCCAAAUGAAGGAGAAUAAUUCAAAUCAAGUAAAACUUCAACCACAAGCAACUAGCAGAAUAAGCAGCAACUACUGAACCCCCUCUAUAUAUAUAUAUAUAUAUAUAUUGACCAGCAUAUAUAUAGCGUUAGCAGAGCAACAAUCUAGCUAGUAGUCGCCAUGCAUGGACAUCACAACCACAACCAUCUGCAACAGCAGCAACCGCAAAAUCCACAGGAGCAGCAGCCAGGAGCCAUCAUGAAGGCAGCCAACCAGCCCCACCAUCCCGCCCACAGCCAUCCUCUCAACCACCCACAUCCGCACCAGCAUCAGCAUCAGCAUCCCCAUGCCCAUGCCCAGCCACAUCCGCAUCCCCACCCGCAUCCGCAUCCGAACCACAAGCUGUCGGCGAGAAGGGCGCGCAGUCGCAGUCGAAGUCGCAGUCCGACGCCGGAUGGCAACCAGGAUUACGAUGUGACCAGGAUGCGGGAGGAGGACUUCCAGCGGCUGGCCGUCUAUCUGGUGCCGGAUGUCCAGGCGGAGCGGGGACUUCCGAAUCGGGCGGACAAGACGCUGCCGCGCAGCCUGACACUCAAGUCAUCCAUGGUCUACUCAACGCCAAAUGUUAAGACUGAAGGAGUUUGGAGCAGCGGGGUCAUCCCACGUGGCACUCGCUUUGGCCCAUUCGAAGGCAUUCCAACCUCAAACUAUCCGAAUGAUAAGAAUAAGGCGCGCUAUUUCUGGCGGGUGCAGGGAACACGCCACAUAACCUACGGGAAUAUUAAGAUCUUCAAGGACGAUGACUACUAUUAUCUGGAUGGCUCCGACCGUUCGCAAUCCAAUUGGAUGCGCUAUGUGGCAUCCGCCUACAGUUUGUCCGUGAUGAAUCUGGUGGCGUGCCAGCACCAGGAGAACAUCUACUUCUACACCACCCGCGACAUUCUGCCCAACGAGGAGCUGAUGGUGUGGUACUGCAAGGACUUCGCCAGUCGCCUCGGCUACGAUGUGGAUCCCGAGACGACGAUCUUCGGGGCCUGCAAGCAGGCGGUGGAGGCGGAGGAGGAGGUGGACGAGGAGGAAGAGCAGGAGGUGGCGGCGGCGGCGGAGCGGGAAGCUGAGGGUGAGGGGGAAGAGGGUAAGCCGCGGUACUCGAUGCCUGCCCCGGAAAUUCCCGCCGACGUGGCCGUGAGUCACAUCACCUACGUGAUGGGUCUCCAUUUGCCCGUGGGUGCAGCAAAUGGCCAGGCGAAUGGCGCUGGUUCCGUUUCCGUUUCCAGUGCCACGCCACCGCCCCCGCCUGCCACACAAUGCUGCCGCCGUUCCAGCCCGCCCGCCCACGUCAGCACCACCACCUCCUCCUGCCACUCCCACCACCCGCACAUCCAUCACGGCCGCCACGCCUCCGUGAUCAUUGGCCAAGAUCGAUCGCCUCUGGCCAGCAGCGACAAGGAUACGGCGGGUUCACCGCUGUCCGGCCUGGACCAUCAGAUGACCCCCCAGGACGGCAGCGUGCGGUCGGUGAGGUCGGAUGAGGGCUACCACAGCAACGAGUGCCACGAGGAUGGACUCACGCCACCCGAGGACUCCAGCGACAGCGAGAGCGAGCACAACUAUGUGCUGGACUGCUCGAAGAAGGCCAUCGCGCCCAAGGAGACAGUGAUUGCUCAGGCCCAGAAGCCGGGCAGUGCGCCACCUGUGGCCGUGGUCAUGGCCAACACCACAACCAACCCCAUGAACAGCCACGGCUCACCCACGGCCACGCCCAUUUGUGAGGCGGACAAGAACGAGUACAGGAAGUUCAAGGUCAAGAUGCCGCUGAAAUACGAGUUCAAGAACAAGAGCUGCGUGAAGCAGGAGCCGAUCAUGAAGGAGGUGGACCAGGAGAUGUCGCUGCCGCCGGAGGAAGAGGAGGAGGAGCAGGCGAUGCACCCGGAACCCGAUUCCAUCUGCCCCUCGACCACCACCCACCUGGGCGAUGAGCAUAUGCUGAUGAUGGAGAGGGAGCGGGAAAGGGAGAGGGAGCGAGAGAGGGAGAGGAUCCAAGAACGUGAACAAUCCAAUCAGCAACCCGCCUCCUCGACGGUCAUCGUACUGGAACACAAUUCCGGCGGUCAGACCCGCACCAUUGUCCCACUGAGUAAGCCCUACUACGAGCCCGAUCCGCCGGGAGAACGAUACAUGCGGUUUGGCCAGCCCUCCUCGAGCAUCCUGGAGUCCAUCCUCACCAGCCAGCACCGCCUGGAGGCGGCAGCAGCGGCAGCGAAUGCCUGUCGUCAGGCCAAUGCGGCCACACCGCCGCCCACCUCGCCCACGGAGAUGGCCUACAGCUACAAGAAGUCCCAGCGUUACGGCAAUGCCGUCAGUCCCGACAGCAGCUCCAAUCUUGGCCAGAACCCCGAGCAGCUGUCCGCGUCGGCCGGCGGGGUGGUCGGCGAUCAGGAGAUGUCCCGGGCCACGCUGAUCAAGGGCGAAUGCUCACCGCCGCCGCCCAGCCACCAUCAUCACAACGUGAUCUUCUCGCCCUCGAGGCAUGCCGCCUAUCUGGGCGCUGGCGAGGCGGGUGGCCAUUCGCCCAGUCCCGGCUAUCCGGGGUAUCCCCAUUACGGAGCAGCGGCCACCUCGACCUUCCACUCGCCGCCACACAGCUCCCAUUCCCCCUUCGACCGCCAGUCGAAUGCCUCCAGUGGAGCGGGCUCGGCCUCCAAUCUGCAUUUGCUGCAGACCAGCACCCAGAUGCUGAACCAUCCGCUGAUGCAGCCCCUCACCCCGCUGCAGCGUCUGUCGCCGCUGAGGAUCUCACCGCCCAGCAGCCUGAGUCCCGACGGCAACUCGUGUCCCCGCAGCGGCAGUCCCCUCAGUCCCAACUCGCUGGCCUCGCGCGGCUACCGAUCGCUGCCCUAUCCGCUCAAGAAGAAGGACGGCAAGAUGCACUACGAGUGCAACGUGUGCUGCAAGACCUUCGGGCAGCUGAGCAACCUCAAGGUCCACCUGCGCACCCAUUCCGGCGAACGGCCCUUCAAGUGCAACGUGUGCACGAAGAGCUUCACCCAGCUGGCGCACCUGCAGAAGCACCACCUGGUGCACACGGGCGAGAAACCGCACCAGUGCGACAUCUGCAAGAAGCGCUUCUCGAGCACCUCCAACCUGAAGACCCAUCUGCGGCUGCACAGUGGCCAAAAGCCCUACGCCUGCGAUCUCUGUCCGCAGAAGUUCACCCAGUUUGUGCACCUGAAGCUGCACAAGCGUUUGCACACCAACGACCGGCCCUAUGUGUGCCAGGGCUGCGACAAGAAGUACAUCAGUGCAUCGGGACUGAGGACUCACUGGAAGACCACCAGCUGCAAGCCCAACAAUCUGGAGGAGGAGCUGGCCAUGGCAGCAGCGGCCACUUCGGAGUGUUUGGAUAAGGACCAUCCCGAACCGGACUCCCGGGAAGCCUACGAGCAACUGACUCAGCACAUGCAUCCCGCUGUGCAUCCGGGCUUGAGGCAUCUACCCAAUGGCGGUCAGUCGCCGCCCCGUUUGAUACCCCUGGGCAGCCACAUGGCGCCGCAACAGCAGCAGCACCAGCAACAGUCGCAUCAGCAACAUCAGCAGCAGCAGCAGCAGCAGCAGCAGGGAGUGCCACCGCCCCAUUUGCUGAUGGCCCAACACUCGGUGGGUCCGGCACCCAUGCUGCUGACCACCGCCAGCCAGUUGCCACCACCGCCGCCGCACCACCAGCAGUCGUCGCCCAGCCGUCUGCUGCAACAUGGCCAUCCACAUGCCUUGCAGAUGCAACAGCAGCAACAGCAGCAGCAACACUCGCCCAAGGGACUGAAAUCCCUGCCAGAAACGGGCGUGUAUCUGCAUGGCCAGCAUGUGCAGGCGCAGGAGAGCAGACCUUCGGUCAUCGAGUCCUCCAACCAGCCCAUGAUCAUCGAGUGCACGUAGGGCAUCGGUAUACACCGUAGUGUAGAGUAAAAGAAGGAGCAGCUGCAGACCAGAGGAAGUGAUGGAAUCCAAGUGCAAUAAAAUCAAAUAGAGUUAAGAACAGACAGGCAGACAGACAGACAGACGACGUCCCCAAGAAAACGUUAAGGAAAACGAAAACGGAAAAAAGAAAACACAGCACAAGUAAACGUAAUGGUAUUAUUAUAUAGUUGUAUAUAGUUAAAGAUCCCACGUAAAUUUUUGAUCCCCCUAUCCCACCCCCCCGCCCCCUGAAAUUGAAAACUCAUUUUCGCGCUAUGAAAACUAGAUCUCACCAAUUGGCAAACCCCAGAAUUCUUCUUCUCAUCAUUAUCAGCAUGGCAGGAGAGCACUAAAGGCAUAUUAUUUUUGAUAAAUAUUUUAUAUAUAUACACACCGUACAUAUAAAGGACGUGAAAAUUGUUUAACACAGAAAGCGAUUGUUAAUGGGGUAAUAAAUGGAGCCGGCAGCAGGAGAGAAUUUUUACGGAAAACUGAGAACGAACGAGAGGAAAUGCAUUUAGAUUUGACUUUCAAUGAUUUUCCAGUUCUGAUUUGUUCUCUCACCCUCUCUGUUUGUUUGUUUGUUUGCUUGUUUGUUUGUUGAGGCGCGCACCUGUAGCAGUAGAUUACACAGUUAGAAGUUAAACAAAACAAAAAAAACAUAUAUAAGGAUACAUUACUCAUACAAUACAUAGAUUCAAGUUGCCUUAUUUGAAUUUCGUUAGCACUGAAACCCGCGGAAAAGAACAGUAACCGAAAACAUUUGCUUAGAGUCGAUCAUCUCUGUACGAUAGGAACAGAUCUGAAAAGCUAAUAUACGUAUUUUAUAUAUGGAUAUAUCAUUAUUAUACAUAUAUAUUUAUAUAUUUAUAUGUAUUUUAUUAAAUAUACACAACCGGAACAGCAGCAACAAACAAAUGAUAGCAAAACUGUACAUAGAAGGAAAUCUUAUUUCGGCAUCUGUUGAACUAGUAUCGCCUAGCUAUUUAAAAUUACAUAGACCUCUAGGGAUUACCAUUACCACAUUACCAUUAUCAUUAUUAUGAUUACUAUGAUUAUUACGAAAAACAAAAACUUAUAAAAACUAAGCAAGAAACGAAAAACAAAAAACGUAAAGAAAACUUAGCUGAAAAAUCGGUGCUUUUGACUGUUUCCAUUUGUCCACAUUUACAUUUACGAUUGUAUUUGUAUUUUGAAACACAUGAAUUAUAUUGUAAACCACACUAAACAUAUAUAAAAUAUAUACACGUUAGUAUAACACUCUAGGAUAUUUCCCCCAAACUACUUUUGCGCCUUAAUCAUUCAACCUUCCUCCAACUCCAAAUUCCAACUCCUUUAACCACAAACAAAAAAACCGAAUCCAAAAAAUUUGCUCGUAUUGUACUUUACCAAAAUUACGCUCUCAAUUAGUCUUCGUUUUCGUCUGAAUAUUAUAUAUGAGAAAUCUUUAGCUAAACUUAAGCUUAUAAUCUUAAUGAGGCUGACUAGCUUUAAGUAUCUAUAUAAAUCUAUUUAGCGCAUAUUAAUAAAACUAGCCAUUAAGGUCUGUAAAUUAAAGGCUGAGCCCAGUGCUCGGCUUCGAUCUGUAAGACACAACACCAA